CUUCGCCACACCAGCUUGUCCAGCGCACGGGACUCGGCCUCGAUCCUCUCGCCGAAUAACACCUGUGAACAUCUCAGGUCCACUCUGUGUUAGCUGGAGUGGGUGCCAUGGGUGACACACUGGAGUUCAAUGAAAUUUAUCAGGAGGUCAAAGGCUCCUGGAAUGAUGGGCGCUUACGCUUAAGUAAACAGACGGUGGUGUAUAAAAACAGUAAGACCGGGAAAGUAGACACCAUUCCGGUCACUGAGCUCACACAGGCGCAGUGGAGGAGAGUCUGCCUGGGUCAUGGGAUUAAAUUGUCCACCAGCACUGGUCACAUCUACAAAUAUGAUGGCUUUAAAGAUACUGACUUUGAGAAGAUCUCAGAGUACUUCAAAACCAACUACAAAGUGGAGCUGACAGAGAAAGAUAUGAGCGUAAAGGGCUGGAACUGGGGCACUGCCAAGUUUAAUGGACCAUUACUUUCAUUUGAGGUGAAUGACAAUUCUGCAUUUGAGAUCCCUCUCUCCAGUGUAUCCCAGUGUGCAACGGGAAAGAAUGAGGUCACAUUGGAGUUUCAUCAGAAUGAUGACACAGAGGUGUCUCUCAUGGAGGUGCGCUUCUAUGUCCCACCCACCCCUGGAGACGAGGGUUCAGAUCCUGUGGAGGCAUUUGCUCAGAACGUUCUGUCCAAGGCAGAUGUGAUCCAGGCUACAGGAGAUGCCGUGUGUAUCUUCAGAGAGCUGCAGUGUCUUACACCCAGGGGCAGGUACGAUAUCCGCAUUUAUCCCACAUUCCUCCAUCUGCAUGGUAAAACGUUUGACUACAAGAUCCCAUACACCACAGUGCUCCGCCUCUUCCUGUUACCUCAUAAAGACCAGAGACAGAUGUUCUUUGUGAUCAGUCUGGACCCGCCCAUUAAACAGGGCCAAACCCGCUAUCAUUUUCUCAUCCUUCUGUUUUCCAAAGAAGAGGACCUCAGUCUGACGCUGAACAUGAACGAGGAGGAGGUGGAGAGACGUUUUGAGGGGAAACUCAAUAAAAAUAUGUCUGGCUCUCUCUAUGAGAUGGUCAGCAGAGUCAUGAAGGCCCUGGUCAACAGGAAGAUUACAGUCCCUGGAAAUUUUCAAGGUCACUCAGGUGCACAGUGUAUUACGUGUUCAUAUAAAGCAAGUUCAGGUCUGUUGUAUCCGCUAGAAAGGGGUUUUAUCUACGUGCACAAGCCUCCCGUACACCUGCGCUUUGAGGAGAUUGCCUGUGUGAAUUUCGCCCGAGGAACCACCACCACCCGUUCCUUCGACUUUGAGAUUGAGACCAAGCAGGGCAAUCAGUACACCUUCAGCAGCAUUGAGAGAGAGGAAUAUGGGAAGCUCUUUGACUUUGUCAAUGCUAAGAAGCUGAGCAUUAAGAACAGAGGCUUUAAAGAGGGCAUGAAAGGUAAUGACAAUAUGUACAGUGACUCAGACGACGACCAGCAUGAUGCUUAUCUGGAACGCAUGAAGGAGGAGGGCAAGAUCCGUGAGGAGGGUAACGACAGUGACGACUCGGAGGGCGAGAGUGAUGAAUCUUUUAAUCCUGGAGAAGAAGAUGAUGACAUUGCUGAAGAGUAUGACAGUAAGGCCUCUGCCAGUGAAAGCAGUGGCAAUGAAGGUGACAGUGAUGGAGACCGGAAGAAGAAACCAGCCAAGAAAGCCAAAUUAACAAAAGAAAGAAAACCACGCAAGAAGGAGAAAAAGGCAAAGGACAGCGAUGCCCCCAAAAGGCCAAUGAGUGCCUACAUGCUGUGGCUGAAUUCAAGUAGAGAACGUAUCAAAUCAGAGAACCCGGGCAUCUCUGUCACGGAAAUCUCAAAAAAAGCUGGAGAAAUGUGGAAACAGAUCAGCAGAGAGAAGAAAGAGGAGUGGGAAGGAAAAGCAGAAAUUGCCAAGAAGGAGUACGAACGAGCAAUGAGGGAAUACAAAGAGAGCGGUGGAGGCUCCUCUGGCUCCUCAAAAAAGGAGAAGAAGAAGAAGAAAGGAGGCAAGAAUGAAGAAAAGAGGAAAAAGCCAAGUGGUGGGAGAGAGAAAGAGAAGGAGCGAGCAACAGGCAAUGACAGUUUUAAGAGUCGAGAGUUCAUAUCCAGUGAUGAGAGCUCCUCAGAGUCUGAAAAGGGCAAAAGGCGCAAGCGCAAGGGGUCUGAUGUUGAAGAGGAAGUGGCCAGCACACCACCAAGCUCUGAAGAGUCUGGCUCAGACUGAAAGACACAAAUGACAGAUUUAUUAAGUAACAAACCUAUUCCAAUUCCUUCAACUCUUUUAUAAAACGGUUAGUUCCGGUCCUCGACUCUGAUUGGUUGAUAGCUGUGGGUUUUAUUUACGCUAAAACACAGCUGUGAUCACUGCACCUAAAAAUGUUGUGUAUCAUUGCACAGCACCCUUAGCAAUGUUAACAUAUAUGAAACAUUCUGUGGUUGUUCAAAGUCUGUCCGGACUAUUUUUUAUAUUACUUCAUGAAAGUUGCGUUGAUAAAUAUUUUUGACUUUAAAGGUACAAUAUGGGAUUUUUAGCGGCAGUUAGUGAUGAGAUCGCAAAUUGCAAUUAAGCGCAACGAGAAGCUACGGUAGCUGCCACAGGACAAACAUGUCCCAAUAUGUUAGGGCUACUGUAGAAACAUGACGGCGACUUCCAUGUAAGGUGACCCGCAGUGUAUGUAAAUAAAAACGGCUCAUUCUAAGGUAUUAUAAACAAUACAGUUCAUUAUGUAAGGUCUUUAUACACCACUGAUAUAGUUAUGUCAAUUGUACUGCAUUUCUGUCCUUAUGAAAGAUACACAUUGCACCUUUAAUAUUACUAUUGAGUGGCAGCUGUUGUUUGGCUCGACCCGAGGCGAGGUAACUUACUCCACUAUACAGUACAGUCUUAUACCUUACUGAUUACUUAAAUCUUUCCCUGCCAUUGACAAGUUAUCUCGUCAAUUAUUUCGUUGAGUUAUCUUGUCUAUUAGGAGAAAAUGCUUUCCUGCCAAUGGCGGGUUUUUACAGAAAUCCAUAUUUCUGCUAUUAUCCACUAGGUGACUCUCUCACCCAACUUAUAAAACACUAAAGCAUCCAUGGUUUCAAAAACAGUAAAAACUCAGUGUAUGUUUUAAUCAUCGCUCUGAAUCUGAUCUUUAACAAAAGUCAUUUACAAAAACGCAAUUAUCUCAGCUUUUUGCUCAAAAUAUGUUAUUGAAGAAACCAAAUAUUUGAGAGGUGAUAAAAAGAAAACAAACGAAGAUAUGAUGAAACUUUUAUGUUUGUUUAAAAGCAGAGGGUCUGUUCUUUCAUUUGAUAUAUUGUAUGUUUAUAUAUUCAAAGAACAUUUUCUUGACGGCAUUACGUUUUUUUGAAAAUCAUAAAAAAUGCUGGCGCUGGCUGGCAACAUUUAAAAAAAAUGCUGGCAGGAAAAAAGUUAAUGCGCUUGAUCUGAUGGUAGAUACUGUAUAUGUCAGAUGAAAUUAUCAUAAACGUUAUAGCAUGAAAUGCUAAAAGCAACACUACAUAGUUUUUCGACCUUUAAUGCUGCAUUUACACCAACCACGGUAGAGGCGUUAAGCGCGAGUGAUUUCAAUGUUAGUCAAUGUGAAGGCGCAUUGACGCGCGUCAGGAGGUCCCGCGGCGCGGAAGACGCGUUUCCGCCUAGGCGCGAAUUUAGCGUUUUGCGUGGUACGCGCGAAUGUGCUUUUUGUGCAUUUUGCGGUUCACGCUAAUUUGAACUUUGGCGGAAUUUCACGCCGCGUUAACCAAUCAGGAGCCUGCUUGCUGCUGUGCUGGCAGCCCCGCCCGGAGUCACUCAUUCAACCAACGCUUGUUAUUGUCCAUAAGCAGUCACCAGUAGCUAUACGACACAAGUUCUUAUUUCUAUAGAUGAGACAGGAAUAAAAAGGACCUCGCUGGUAAGCUGUAAUACACAUUUCACUUUUGAGUCACGUGACGUUUAUCGACCCACGCUGUCUAUUUCCCCCUAUAGUAAGGUUACCACAUACAAACCAGUAACUCUCUCGAUAAAUGCACAAUCAACAUCAGUCAUCUUGCAAACAGACAACCGCAUAGCACUUGCCCCUCCCACAAGAAGCGGAGUUUGCCUCUGACACACGUCAAAUGCUUGCUUUUUCCGCGCGUCUACUCCGCUUUACACGCGCGAAUGCAUUCAAAGUGUUCAAGCGGCAAACUAGGCGCGGUAGACGCGAUUUUGACGCCCAAAACGCGGUUGGUGUAAACUCAGCAUCACGUCUCUAAAAUAUAGAGCCCCUAAGGAGACAUGGAGCAAAAAUUAAAUAAAGUUUAGUUUCGCGUGCACACGUGAUAGUUUCACACGCACGCAAUAGUUUCACGUGCGCACGCAAUAGUUCCACGUGCGCACGCGAAACUAUCACGUGUGCACGCGAAACUAAACUUUAAAAACAAUUUGGCACAUGAAGGUUUCGCUUGAGCACAUGAAUCUAAACUUCAGAUUUUUUUUACUCCAAUGUCACCUUAGGGGCUCGGUACUAAAAUUAUUUCUUAACUGGACGAAUUCUACUGCUGCUGCAACCUGAGCGGCCUCCUAGCGGCUACAACCACACUCUGUAAGUUGCGUGGUCGGGUAGGAGCAUGCAGCCCCGCCUAUCCGCUGCCUGCAGAAGAGUGUCUGAUACACAUAGGCACUGUUGUGCUUUUUAACCACAUAGGUAAGCCAAUCUUACAUGGAGAACUACAUAGUGUUGCUUUAGAGUAUUAUUAUUAUGUAUAAAGUAGUAUGUGUAUUUAGCGCAUGUUGUACUGUCCUUUUUUAAUUCUCACUGUUUAUCUGCUUGUAUAGAGAAAUUUCACUGUGCUAUACAAACACAAUAGACACCAUAUCCUGGGCACAGCUAUUGAGCUUGCUUUACCUGUAUUUGAAUGACAGUUUUGUGUAAUUUUGUGGAAAAUUGUAUUUUAAGGUGUCACUGUUACAGUGUAACAAAAAAGUAAUAUUAUUUAAAGGUACAAUAUGGGUUUUAGCAGUAUCUAGUGGUGAGCUUCCACAGGACAAACAUGUCGUCGUCUGAGACAACAUAGAGACGAAACACGCUCUGUAGAACAGUUUGUCCAUUUAGGGCUACUGUAGAAGCGGCGACUUUCAUGUAAGGGGACCAGUGGUGUAUGUAGAUAAAACGGCUCAUUUAAAUGUAAUAAAAACAAUACAGUUCAUUAUAAUGUAUGGUCUUUAUACACCACUGAUAAUAUAGUUAAGUAUAUUAUAUUGCAUUUCUGUCAAGAGAUCCUUCUAAAAUGUACACAUUGUACCUUUAACAACAUGUACUUAGUAUAGGGUUAGGGUUUGGUUUAGGGUUAGUUGCAUGUAAUUAGGCAUAAUUACCAUUAUUACUAUAAUAAUUACAUGUAAUGUGUAACAAAGGCAGUGUAAAAUAAAGUGUUAAAAUUUUUUACA